AUGGAUUUUAUAAAUGCGCUAAACAAUAUACAGAGCGUUUUGUUAACUAAUUUUAUUUCACAACCAAAACGCAAACAAUAUACGCUAAAAGAUGUGUCGACACAUUGUCAAGUAGAUGAUUGUUGGAUGGUUAUUAGAGAUCUUGUCUAUGAUUUAACCGAGUUUAUUAAUGAGCAUCCUGGCGGUUAUGAUAUUAUGCUUGAUUAUGCAGGUACUGAUGCAACAAUGGCAUUUGCUGAUAAACCUCAUAGUAAAAAUGCUUGGUGGCAAUUACAAAAAUAUCUUAUUGGUGAAUUAGUACCAGAGGAAAGAAUGUAUAAUGAUACAACGUGA